AUGCCUGGAGGCAUCGAAAGCCCCAACCACCCGAAUACUGAUGUAUCAACUAGUGUUUUCCGCCAACUCGGGCGCGCAACUUGGGUUCACAUGUCAGAGCUUGCCUCGACUAUGUAUGAUCAAUGUAUAAAUGGCAUCACCAAAGAUGCCCUAUGGGGUGAGAAUGCGGAAGAGUUUGGAUCUCGCAUACUCUCUCUAUCAAGCGUGGUCACAUUGAGCCAUAUCAUCAUUGGUAGUGGGCUUGACGACGACGAGGCGGCUUUGGAUCAGGACAAUUGGACCAUCGAUGCGGAUUUGGCCGGAGUGAGUAACCUCGCAUUGGCCAAUAUGGCGUAUGGGGCUGAUAUCAAAUACGUUGAUGGGAAUUGGGGGGAGGACGGGACGGGGGAGAUUAAGCGUUAG